GCAAACUAGGAAUAAACAAGACAUGGAUAGUAUCUCAGUGGCUCACCACCAACAGGACUGUACCCUGAACCAGCACUGUGCCACUUUGUACCAAUGUGGCUACCCAAGUUCAGAAGGAUACAGUAGCCUUUCUCCAGCUUCUUCAUCUGACUCCAGUGGACAAUCACCCCCUUACAUGCCAUAUAAUGCUUCUCAAGAAAUAUUUGGGAAUAUUCCUGCAGCUUAUGCCCAGACAUCUUGCCAAAGAAGUGGCUUAAGACAUGGUACAGCAAAAAGGGGAAAGAAGAACACAGGCAAGCUACCAUAUAGUCAGCGGCAAAGUGCAAGCGAGAGGGAGAAACUCAGGAUGAGAAACCUCUCCAAAGCUCUCCAGAACCUCAGAAGAUACCUGCCUCCUUCAGUAGCCCCUAUAGAUAAGACUCUAACCAAAAUUGAAACUCUUCAGCUGACAAUGAGCUACAUUUCUCAUUUGUCUGCACAGUUGGGGCUUACUGAGGAAAUCCUGACACAAAGAAGGCUAGCCGAAAUCCAGAGGACUAACAUAUGCCCCAGUGGCCUAAGCUGCUGCAUGGACUCAACUCAUAGACUUUGCACAAGACCUGAGGAAGAUCAUUUCAACCAUGCCACUACCCCUUCCGUGCCUUUCUCUGAAGCAAGAUGUUUUCAAGAACCUGAGUACCAGGGUAGAGAUGCAGUGUGCCAGCAGUCCUGUGAGACACCCCAGCUAUUAAAGCAGGACAUGACCUCCCCACAGUACAAUAGCACAGUAGCUACGCCUGUCAGUCAACAGUAUGUGACAGGGCUCCAACACACGAUUCACUGUAACGACUACUAUAACCUGGCAGAUGUAUGGAGAAGGGAACAGCUUCAGGCUCAGAUGGACCAAACAUUUCAAUAACCCAGCAAACAUACUGAACAUACUCAGUAUGUGCUCUAUUGGCCCCCAGCCAUACAUUAUUCACAGGACAGUCCUGGGCAUACAGAGAUGGAAAGGCACAUUGGACAAAGUAUUCAUGUAAUUAUAUUAGCAAUUAACUAUAUAUGAAUUCUUAUUUAUUUUCAGAAUAUCUAUUUUCCUGUCUCUUCAGUACUGCAUAUUGUAUGUUUCCAUUUGUAAAUAUUGUAUUAUACUUCUACUAUAUUUAUUUAUUAAAGAUAUGUAUGUUUUUUU